AAACCGUUAGUAGAUGGCGGAAAAUUUCAAAGAAACCAACGUGGGAAAAGUUUAGAGAGAGAAGAAAAAAAUGUCGAAUCGAGAGCAAGAAUUGGCAAAAGCUGCAAAAAGGAGCAAUUUUGAUGCAAGUAGUGAUGAGAAGAGUUGGAAGGAAGUGCAGAAGAGUCUGAAAAUAGCCCACGAGGAAGCGAAGAAGGAGAAAUUUACGGCGGAUAUUCGUGAUAAGAUGAAUCAGUUUGAGAGCGGAAAAUGUGAUCGAGAAAUGGUUCUUUCGAAGGAAAUUGAAGCCCUCAGGAUUGAGUCAGAGAGGUCAUCCCUCAAUGCUAGGAUGGAGGGUACCAGGAAGAAGAUAUUGGUGCAACAGAGGUCACUUCCCGCCGUGGAGGAGGAUAAGAAAAAUCUCUCCCGGAUGGCCAGCAGGAAGGACGUAGCAGACAAGGUGAAUGGUUACUCGGUAGAUCUAAAGGUAGCUAGUGAUAGGAAGUGGUAUACGCUGCUGAUGGAAGAGAAUGAGGAACUCACCUCACAGCUGGUUAAAGCUUCCCAGGAGGCAGAUGAAUUAAAGAGGAAGAAUGAGAUGCUCCAAUUACAUGAUAGCAACACCGUAAUGCAGCUUCAGAGCUCCCUGAGUCGUUUGCAGAUUACUCACAGGAUCACCAAAGGUGCCCUUGUGGAGGCUCAAGCAUCAAUCCGCACCCUGCGGCAGGAGAAGAAGAAGAAUCUCGUGGAACGUCAGGUUAGUCAGGAAGAACAACCAUCACCGGUGAAAGAUCAAUCCACGGAUCAGGAGAAUCGAUGGAAACAGCAGAAGAGGGAGCUUGAGAAGAAGAUUGCGUUCUACGUGGAAAAAUCCGAGCAAUAUGAUGACAAAAUCAUGGAUCUCAACAUGACCAUUGGGGAAUUGGUCCUUAAGAAUGAAGCCCUGGAAGAGCAGCUUGCAUCAUCUAAACCAGAGCCCACCAAGAGUGGCUCACUUGAUGCCACUGCAGCUGAAAAUGCUUCAGCAGCAGAUGAUUCCGGCGGAAGUACCACAAAGAUUGCUAAACUUCAGCAAAGGAAUGAAACGCUAAAGAUUCAGGUGGAUGCCCUGAUGUUCGAGGUGGAGUCACUGCGUGAGAAGCAAACGUAUGACUAUGCAGUGCUGCAGGAGAAAGAGAAUGAGCUGAAUAAUCUGCAGCGAGAGACAUCUGAGCAGAAGAAACUCCUCAAGGAGUGGGAGGAGAAGGAGAAAGCAUCGAAGCAUCAGGAAAAGUGGCAGGAAACCUUUAAUCGGGAGCAUCAAUCUAAAAUUGCCACCCUCACGGCAUUCUAUGAGAAUUCCCUGGAAAAGGUGACCAAAGAGAAGGAAUCUCUGAUGCUUCAAGUGAAACUCCUCAAGGAAUCCACGGAUAAAUACCGUGAGAAUGACCGAAAAGCCAUCCUCUGCCUGGGAGAGCUGAAUAGGCGUCAGAAGCUCAUUGAGAUGUAUCACGCCCAGAUGGAUGUCCUCAUUGCAGAGAAUACCAGCCUGAAGACAAUGCUCGGAGAUUCACGGCACGACGCAAAGCCUCUCUGCUUCUGGGAUAAGCUGAUGGAGCUGAUAAUGAGUAUAAUCAGUGAUGUUGUGAAGGGUUGUGUUGUUGUGCGUCAAGGAGACAUCCAAUCAGUUCUGGAGGGACUCAAUGAGCUCACAAAAUCCCUCGAGAAGACCGAGCUUGAUCUUCAAUUUUCCCAGGAGGCUAAUAAGAAUCUUCUAAAGGAAAUUGAGAAGAUUCGCGAGCAGCACAGGGAUGAAAUUGAGGCAAUCAAGGCUGAGAAGAAGAACACCGAAGAUUAUUCUAAAUACAAAAUCCAAGCAGAACAACUUCGUGUAAUUCUAACGGCAAAGAAUGAAGCUUACGAAAUUUUGUCCCUAAAAUGCAAAGGUUUUGAGCAGAGACUGAAGGAAGUUAAGCGUGAAAAUGAUGCUCAUCUCAAUGAGCUCGAAAUUCUGCGGCAGCAAGUUGCGGAAAUGGAACUUGUGGCACAAAAGGAGAGGCAGGAACGAGCUCAGAGGGCUACGCAAGAGGAGAAAGCCAUUCAAGUGGAGGAUUCCACAACAGAUGUGAUUGAAGAGCUUCAGCUCUAUAAGAAUCUCUGCGAUGAAUUCAAUGUGGAUGUUCUAACGCUGGAGGCAACCGUUGAGGCGGAGAAGGCAAAUGCGAGGGAGUUGAAUGAGAAGAUUCGCGAGAAUGCCGCCAAGAUGGAGAAGAUGAAGGAACAAAUUGAUCUUCUCACCGCACAAAAGGCCCAAAUGACGGAGAAGUACCAGAAGAAGAUGCAGAAUUUGAUGCAAGUCAAUGAAUUACGUGCCCAAGAACUCGAUCAUUGCAGGAAGAAGUUCCUUGAGGAAGAUCAGGAGAUUGUUCUUCUUAAGGAGCUAAAUGAGAAGAAGACUGAAUCCAUUGAAAGGCUCACCAGUAUUCUCAGAGAGAAAUUGGUUGAGAUCAAGGAACUCAGAAGUAUGAGGAAUGACGAUGUUGGGGAGGAUCCCAGUCCAUAUAGGGACAUCACCGUGCGAAGGGAGAAGCGCAAGAGCGAUCGUCAAUCACUCUACGAUGGAAACCGCAAUGUUCAAAUGAAAUUUGAGUGAUAAAACUCUACUCUAUGUAUAUGUAUGUAAUGAAUUUAUGUGAAAAUUGGAUUUUUUCUACUUCGAAAAAUCAUAAAAAUGGAUUAAAAAUAACGUCUUAUAGAGGCUGAGAAUUAAUAAAGAAAUUACUUAAUCAAACAAUUAA